CUUAAAUUUCGUGAAUCUGUUGGAUCCAAGUGCAAAUCAGUUAUAUUUUUUGCUUUAGAUGGGUUAGGACGCAAUAUUAAAAUAAAAGAAACACCUAAUAUUAACAAUAUAAUUAAAAACGGAUCCUUAUGCUUUGAAGCAAAAGCAAUCUUACCAACUGAUAGUGGGCAAAAUUGGGGAUCGAUACUUUAUGGUAUUGAUAGGGAUAAGUUUA